UCAACUAUUUUGAUUUUCGUCACCCUGACACCCUUGCGGCUUCCAUAAAGAGACUCGCUAUAAUUUAGCACAUUUUUUAAAAUUAAUAUUCGUGUUGGAUUAUCGAAGCGCCGAGUCGCUGCUCAUAUGUACAGGAAAUAUUUAGCAUCAUGAACAUUAAGUUGGCAAACUUAGGCCACACCUAGAUCUUGCCCUAUUUCCACAAAAAAAGCAGGAUUUUUUUUUUUGCUCUCUCUCUUUCUGUGGUGCGUUUGUUUGUGUGACGGCGAGUCCCGGCGGUGUAACCGGAGAGGGGCCUCACACAGAGGGAAUGCAGGACUGCAAUGGAGCACAAUGCAAUACAGUGGUUGGGUGCUCCUUCCUGCCAGAGAGGCAGCUACGCCUUCUACAAGUCGAUCAGCAGCAAGGCUCGACCCGACGGCCCUGUCCAGGUGUGGAAGCUUGGCGAGUUUUACUUCAUUCGCUGCGGACCACAGGAUCCUGUAUGCAUCGCUGAGGUGACCUUAUUGUGGGAAGACCAGACGCAGCACCACCUCCUGGCCAGCGCUAGACUCUACUUUCUGCCUGAAGACACACCGAAGGGUCGAACCAGGGAGCAUGGAGAGGAUGAAGUUCUGGCAGUGUCCCGAAAGAUGGUGGUACGUGUGGAGGAUCUGGUGCAGUGGUCAUGUGCCGAGCCAGCAGGGUGGAGCAGCAGGUCAAAAAUGUCUCCCUGCAUCCUAAAUGGGCUCCACAAAACACCACAGAGCAGCGACGAUGGCGGGGGUAACAACACAUUGGACUGCAAGCCUCUGAAGGACAAGACUGAGAAUGGGGUAGCGGACUCUGAGUGUGUCAAAGUACUCAGCUACCCGCAGUACUGCCGCUUCCGCUCCCUGCAGAGGCGCAUCCAGGAUGGCGCGAGGGGACCAGCGCUGCAGGACGCCCAUCUGUUGGCCCUGGGUGGUGUCAGGGUAACGCCCAGCACCCGCUUGAUGUACUGCAGAGACACUUUCAAUCACCCGACGCUGGAAAACAGCAUCAGCUUCUCCUGGCAGUUCCGGUGUCCAUCCCUCAGCCUCCGAGGACGGCCUCGCAAGAGGAGAGGCCGUGAUGGCAAAGACACAUCAACCAGCAGUCAGUCGGAAUCUUGGAUUGAGAGGAUGAAGGAGAACGUGAUGGGCAGUGUGGAGGUGGGCGGCGAGGGCAGCUGGCUCCCCCACCCCGAAGAGCAGCUGUUCCUAGAUCAGCUGUUCUCCUUCAUGGAUCGCCACGGCUCGCCCAUCCACAAAGUGCCCAACCUCGGCUUCAAGAAGAUUGACCUCUUCCUCAUGUAUUCGGUGGUCAGACGACUCGGAGGCUACGAAAAGGUGACUUCAGACCGCUUGUGGAAAGUAGUUUACAACGAGUUGGGAGGAUGUCCCGGCAGCACCAGCGCUGCAACCUGCACCAGGAGACACUACGAGAGACUGAUGCUCCCGUACGAAGAGCACCUGAGAGCAGGAGGCACGGAACUCAAAAUCCCUGAAUCCUCCCUGCCUGUGAAGCCCAGAGGGAUCAGAGGGAGGAAGCCACUUCCACGGGGCAGAAAACCUGGACCCAAAAUGAAAGAGAAGAUGACCGUCACUCCACCUCCUGGAACUCCGGUGGCUAACUUAGAUGGCACGGUGGUAGUGAAGAGAGGUCGAGGCAGGCCGCCAGGCAAACGCAACAAAGCCACGCUGAUUGCUCAGGCGAAAGUGCUGGCUCAGCAGCAAGCAAAAGUGUCAAGUGCCGAGUCUUCGAAACCUCUUCUUCCAGCUCGAAUCGGCAGCAAUGGAGUGAUAUCCAGCAGCGCAAACCAGGUGACGCCGCCUCUUUUUUGUCACUCCCCACAGACCAUCCAGCCAGCCAUCCUCCCUGUCAACAUGCCUCUCACCCCAGAUCUCUCCCCGAUGUCCACCCACUUCCUCCCCUUUCAGCCCAAGCCAAAAGACACAAAGGAUCGAGGGGAGUCUGCAGCUUUGCCUCCGGGCAUUCUCCUCUCAGCCCUGCCUCGCCACUUUGUGGGUGGAUCUCUGGGCGGCUUCAGCCCCAUCAAAGGUCUGUGUCCCCUGGAUGUGCUCAGGAACUGCGUGGGCUUCCAGAGAGUCCCCGAGAGCCCAGCCCUGACGCCUCAAGAGUCCAUUCAGCAACACACCACUGUCUACACCCCCCAGCCCAAACAUGGAAGCCCAGAAAGCCGUCGCUCAAAUGUAGAGCAGGUGCCGCCUCCACCCCACCCACCUCCACAGCACCACAGUCUGUUCUCAGGUCGCAGUGUGGACGAGGACGCCCAGAGGGGAGCCAUUCGGGAUGCUAGGAAUCGUCACUCUCUGCCCCCCUUGCGGGUCCUGCCUUUGGAUCUAGACUGCAGUGUUCAGGUACGACAGCUGAUGAGGACUCGUCUGGGCUCAACUCAGUUCCAGACUUUCACCCGCCGACUCUCUGAGGCACUGUCCCAAGAUCUGAGUGCCAAGCCCCCCUGCUCACCCAUCACCCCUCCUCCAGAACAAGCCCUGCCCCUCAACCUCAGCAAGCGCUUUAUAAAUAAAAGACCCAGCACAGACACAUCUGAGCCAAGUAUCUCUCCGACUAACGUUACCACAGAUGAGCCGUCGCCUAAGAAAGUAAGACCUGACUGCUCGGUGCAAGCAGAGGACUUCAGCCUGAGCGGGCGGUCCACCUCGGGGGGCCCAGGAGGGGAAGGCCAGGAGGUGGGACACAAGAACCAAGACGAACCAGCUGACCUGAGCUCCCCUAGCAGGAUCAGGGCCUUCCUGCUCGGGCUGCCACCCUUCCAAGUGAAACUGGACGAGGAUCUGAACGGGAUGAGGUUUGGGAAAGUCCUUCCUUCGGGAUCUGAGGUGGAAAGCCAGAGGACUGUUACAGAGGGAGGGCAGAUUAAGAAAGAAGCUGAAGUGGAGGUAACAGAGAUAACCAACCAAAUGUUGGAGUCAUUGCCCAAACAGGUAGAAUUUGUCAAAAAUGAAAAUGUUGAGAUGGUGAAAGAGGAGCUGAAGGAGGAAGGGAACACCUCAGUUGACAAAAUGGAGGAUUUAUGUGGUCAGACAAUAGCCAGUAUGGAAAAGAUCCAGUGUGACGUGGAGGCCUCCAAGGGCCACCCAAGCCCUGUUCUGCCGCAGGCUAACGCUCUGGUCCUGGCCCAGCAGAGCUGAAGAGCCCACACUCAAAACACUGAUCCAUAUUUUGGCUUUUAAGCAUCCCUGUUGGGACCGUGGUCAAAGAAGUCAAAAGUCCACCAGGGGGCGCUUUGGUUUCAGUCAGAGGGGGCAUCUUUUCCUUUGGAACAUCUGAGCUCACAGCUACUUUUUUUUCUCCUCCGUUCUUCUUUUUGUGUGUUUUGUUAAGUGACUCUUUAACGACACACAGAGACAAUCCAAAAUCCGUUUUACAUUAUUUCUGUUUUCAGUGAAACAAGAGUGAGACUCUUAGAGGGGAACAAAAAAACUCUGCCAUGACCCCGCCAUACAACUCCAUUAUUCAAAUGACACGUUGAAUAAGAUCCACCAUUAAAGAUAAGUCUAUUGCAUAUAUGGGUGAUGCUAUGCAUCAAGACGUCAUAAUAAGCAUCUGUACUGUAGUUCGGUAGCUUACUUUGAAAUCGUACUCUACGUUUGUAGAGAAAUAGUUAUUUUUUUCGAUGUCGUUUGGAGCUGCAAGUGAAAACAUUAUGGCUCGUCCACGUGAAAGCGCUCCUGUAGGUCUGCCUCUUAGCUAGACGUUUUACUCUAUUAGCUCGCUUUUUUGACACAUACGUGCCUUAAAAGGCCUGCGGUCAUCGCUGGCUUCACUUCACUUAAAGAGAUGCCUUGAUGUUGACCUGUCUUCACUACUCAACUCUCACUAAACGUUUUAAAAAUGUGCAAGAGAUAUUUGAUGGGAAAUGUAGAGGGGGGGAAAAAAAAAUGAAUGCAUUAAAGUGACACCACCAAAGAAAACACUAACACCAAUGCGGUAAACUCCUAAAUGUCAAGGUAUCCCUUUAAUGGCUGCCCCCCUCUCCUUUUUUGAAAUCAUCUCUUUAUGGUUCAGAUUUGCACACCUGCUCCUCUCCAUAUUUAUAUGCUUGUCAUGUUUGUUUUCUGCAAUGCAAAGUAGUGCAACCUCUACUACUACUACUGCGACUACAUCCUCACAUCACUCAUCUGGUGCUCUUUCUUUGGUAUGACGCGGUUGCUAUAGUGUUUGACUUAUUGAAAAGCUGCAAAUAACUCCCCCAAGUCAUGCAAUCUUCAUACAUUGUGAGGGGAACGCCACACAUUUCUCUUUGUUCUUGCAUGACUUGUUAAUGAACAGUUUGCAAAUGUUUUUUUUUAUUUUAUUGUUGUUUUUGUUUUUUGUGCUGCACGAGUAGAUGCGCCAAAGCAAAUAUAAUCUACCACACUCAAACCUCCACAAACACUACAAACCAGGACACAUAAAUGGUCAAUGGCGAACUUUCUGAAUAGUUUGUCCUUGUUUCCCCCUUCACUGGGGAAACUGAAGAUGGUCAAAUACUUCCUGUUUGUGUUACAAAUCCUUGAAUCAUCAUAUUUUUUAUCUUUGCAGUAAUGUUUUAUAUACAGUAUAUAUAUAUAUAAAUAUAUCACACAGCAAGUCUGAACAUUUUACAUCAGGAUAAAUAUAUUGUAAAGCAAUUGAAUCUAUCAUUUAAGCUUUAUUUAUUAAGGUAGAGGAGUUUCGGCUGCACAUUGCUUUUUAACACUUAUCCCACCACACCUUUGUCAUUUGUUUCAUAAUCUGUAUAAUGGUUGUACAAAUGCAUCCAAAAUCAUCUUUCAUUUCUACAUCACAGUUUGACACCUUGGCGAUGAGGAGGGUUCCAUUCUGUUUUUUCCCCUCCCCCCCUUUUUUUUGCAAACGUUAAUUUCAGAUUUUUUUGCCUCUGUUAAUAGUUGGAUAGCGCAUCAAUAUUAGGGCCACAUUGAAGAAAAUCUAAAAUAUACAUCGCUACAUGAAUAAAGUGGCGAUGUUACAAGAAUUUCAAGAAUUAAUCUGAAUAUUAUGAUUAGUAUUCUUUACUUUAGAAUACAUUGGGGAAUUUGGCAAGAAAAAAGUUAGAAUAUUACAAGAAUACAUUUGGACUAUUGCAGGAAUACCGUCAUAAGUAGGUGAAUGAGGUCAAAGAUUAUUACAAGGCAAAAAAAUGUAAAGAUUUCAACAAUAAACCGAAAAUAAACAUCUUGAUUACGAGGGAGAAAAAAAAAAAAGUGUAAUUAAUGGAGAAAGUAUGAUUAAAAGAAUGUCUGAAAGGAAUAAAAUCCAAAUAUUAUGAGAAGGAAAAAAGUAUAUAAUUUUACAAGGAAACAUUGUUAUGUUACAAGAAUAAAAUAAUAAUAUUAAAAUAAAGAAACUGAAAAUUACAUGAAUAAAGUCAUGGAGGAUACCUACAAAUUGGGCAAAGCAGAGAAUGAAAAAAAGUAACUUUUUUUAUUUGGAUAUUAUUAUUACUUUUUUUUUUUUUUUUUUUUUUAGCUAAUUUUACAAAUGUAUUUCCUCCAUUGAAAUACAACUUUUUGAUCUCCUUAUAUUAUGACUGGUCUACAUUCCGAUUGCUAUAUCACUUUUAAAAAAAAUGCAAGAGAACUUUUAAUCCUGUAAUAUGACCGCUUCAAGCUCGUAAUAUUGCAAGAUUAUUUCCUCAUGGAAAAAUAGAACUUGGUUUUUGUAACAUUCUAAGUUGUUCAUGGAAUGUUUGGGUUGUUUUCCCUUUUCUGUGCGGCCCUAAUGCUCCCUUUACUUUAGUUGAUAUGGGAUCUAACUGUCACCUUUUUAAAUGGUCAUUUUUGGCCUUUUAAGAAACAUGACGGCCUCUUUAAUGCCUGCCACAUUUUCAUCAAUUGCCUUUUUUUUUUUUUUUUGCUUCUCCGGGAGAACAAAUGAGUUUUGAAUUGUAGUACAGUACUUGUAUUUUUUUGCAUUUGCCAUCCCCGCCCAUCCUGUGCUGUCUCAACUAGUUUCAACUACUCUGCCUUCAGUUGAGGUCCAACGUGUGCCAGGUAGUUUUGGUUUUGCAUGUUUUGUUUUUUUAUGUUGAACAAUACGCCACUGAGGCUGAACGCCUGCUGGGUCAUUUAAAAGAAAAAAAUAAAUAACUGGGAGGAGGGCGAGAUCUUGUAGUGUAGAAGCAUGUUUAGUCUUUUAUUUUGUUUGUUUCCUCUUUGAUUAUUUAAGCUUAGGUAUGAUUUUUUUGUUGUUGUUUUUUUCUUAAAUAUUUCAAUGUUUACAUUUUGUUUAUGCAUGUUCAAAGUUGUUAUAUCCAGUGUUUUUGCACACUACAGCAUCCAUCGGUCGUGAACGGCACUGCUCGUUCGUGUGAAAGUACUUAAUAUUAAGUGCCUGAUGCUUUAGGAGCAAACUUUGGCCAUCGGGACGUUUUGAAACGAGCUCGCUUGAUCGCCUUCACGCCAUUGACUUGAACAACCUGUGAUGUUUUCAUGGCAAAGCCAGGGGUGACGCUGCAGCAAAACCGGACCUUCAGCACUCAUCCACAGGGACCCACGGUGGCCAUUUGGGGAUGCGAGCGUGGGUUUUUGGUGAUGUGAGUGACAUUUGUGGGAUUAAAGGUGCUGCAUGUCAUGUUUUAAGGUGGUCCUAUCGCUAUAGUGGUUAUGAAAGUUAGUUUGGCGUUGGAAAAGUGUUAAGGUGUUUGUUUGGGGAUAGCUGGCAUUUUUUUAGCCUUUGUCUCAUGUCUGUGUGAACCGUCACAGGAAUGGUAGGAUGGAGUUAAGCUUGGCUUAGUAACAGAGGCGGGGCGCCACCUGUGUGUAAUGGUAUUCCAAUGCCAGGAUCGGUUGUAAAAUCUUAACAUCUUACCUGAUUGUGGCACGCUGCGGGAAAGCAUAGCUAAGUUACCGCAAUGGCCCACUUUGCUGGAUUCUCUGUGAAAUGCACGUCAAAUAAAUGCGGGGUCUGAUGCGCCAACUUUGCGGCAUCUGUGUGAAAGGAACGAGAGUGGACCUGGCACGUUUCCAUCUUCGGAGGUAGUAACAGGGGCAGGGCAGUAACCUGGGUGUCAAGUUUGACACAUCAAAACAUUUCACUCUCUCUAGUGGAGAAAGCAAUUGUCACUAUCCAAUAUCAAAAUGUAAGUUCUCCACAGGUGGGACACCACCUGUGUGAAAAGAUAUGCCACAAUGUCGGAACCCUUGUGUGCAUUUUAACAUUAAAGACUUCUGUGCUGGGUUCUAUAUAAAAGGAACUUGGCAGAUACAUGCCAGAACCACUGUUUAACUGGGUUUUUUUUAAGGAACUCUGCGUGAAAGGGGCUAUUGUGUCCACCAAAGAGUACUUUCAAUGAUGUUACACCGGAGGCCGCGCUCUUUGGCCGGUGGAGAAAAUAAGGCUAGCGACGUCUCAGCAGUGUUACAGAACCGACAUUUAAAUGGCUGUAUUUUAAGCUGCGGAAGGGUGUGGCAUGACAAGGGAACGUACAGGGGUUAUUCUAGAACAUUCUCGGUAUCAUGAGCAAACGCAGAAGAUUAUCACAUUUUAAAAAGAGUUGAAGUGGCAAGGUUUUCAUGGCAAGUGUUUCCAUUGUGUGACGUUAAAAUGGGGGGGAAAUAAAGAAGCGACAUGCAGCAACUUUAAGAGUGCCGACAAAUGCCUACGUCACAUCGUCAUCCUCUGACCUCACUGUUAUCACAUGACACCAAAUUGCAGAUCAAAUAUGAUGGCAUCUUCUAGGAUUGCACAUCAUCUUUAACAUCAUCCUGAAUGCCGCUGUGGCGUUGUCAUAUACUGUGUACACACAUACCGUGUGUGUGUGUGUGUGUAUGUGUAUAUAUAUACACACAUAUACGUGAUAUACAGUAUAUGUUGAUAUAUACAGUAUAUACAUUUAUAUAUAUAUACAGUGUGUGCGCAUACUGUAUAUAUGUAUGUACAUAUACAUAUAUACACUAUAUAAUAUUUUUCAGAAUUUGUGUGAUUAGAUGAUUGCAGAUGUGCAGCACAAAGCCGUUUUUCCAUGUUUAUUUUUUCCUAAUAACAUUAAAAGAAUGGCAGUGUCAGGUACCAUUCCAUUUUAACACACUGUAUAUUUAUAAUAAAAGUAUUCUGAUAAUAAGGUGUCUUUUGUGGGCAUUUAUUUUUGUUUGAACAUCAACUGCAUCUUUAACAUACGAUUUUUUUUAUAUAUAUACCUGAUAAUUUGUAAAUUUAAAAAAAAGCACAUAUUGAGAAGACAAGUUUUUUUUUUGUUUUUUUUACUGUUGCUACUGUUAAUCGCUGACCUGUACAGUA